CUUCUCUUGGAGAUGCUUCUCUUGUCACAGAGUCUUGAGAUUUUACCGCUGCAGCUCGAUAGACAGCGUUUGGCGGACACACCUUUUCCACGGACGCUUGUUAGAAGUUUUUCGUUGUCCCAGAGCGUAUGCGUAAGGUUUUCUCAUAAUUUUUGCCUGCAACUGAUGCUCGUUGGCAUGGAAUAGUGCCGGUUCGGAGUUCAUGCCUGUGAGCCACCCAAGGAGCCUGUAGGGUAGACCAUAUCCUUGGUAACUGGUCUAGUUGUACCUGGCUAUAAUAUACCCGCUCGAUCUGCAUCUACUCAGGUAGCACCACUUGGGAAAUUGGCUUGCCAUGUCCUACCUGGGAAACGCGCUUUCACGGGACGCAUCAUCCACGGAUAAGGGGAUUGGGGAGGAACAACUUGUAUAUUAUGGGUGGUCUUCUGCCGCCUUGAACCACUUUAAUUCCUCUCGAGUCUUCGUCCUAGGGCUGCCCCUCCUCGACAACCCAUCAAUCUUGGAUUUGACGGAGAACCAAGACCACAGCCACGGAAAUCUGUGACAUUGCUUUAUUUUUGAAUACCCUCCAUUUCACUGGGCUCCUUGAACAUUCCAUCUCACAAUGUUCUCGAGGGAUGCUCUUUUCAGUAUUUUGACUGUGUGCAUUGCACGUAUGUUGGUUGGUUUCCUCCGAUUAUGGAAUAUCGCUGACAUUGUUGUUGUGGAGUAUCGGGAUUUGCUUCGGCCCAGUCUGCCUCCCCAAACAGCACCUCGACCUCAACCGCCGCGACCGCUGACCCAACCUCUGCCCUCGCCAAUCUUGGUGAAUUUGACUACAUUGUUGUUGGAAGUGGAGCUGCAGGUCUCGUCGGUGUGUACCCCGGACUGUCAGCGCAUUCCCGAAGAAUUCCCCACUAACCAUAUGCAGCUGCCGAUCGCCUCUCGGAGACCGGUAAAAAGAUUCUUCUCAUUGAGAGGGGGCCCCCGUCGACUUAUGCUACCGGCGGCACCCUUGGGCCAGCUUGGCUCAACGGAAAUCGUCUCACCCGUUUCGACGUGCCCGGUCUUUGCAAUCAGAUCUGGGUUGACUCUGCAGGAAUCAGGUGUAACGAUAUUGACCAGAUGGCUGGCUGUGUUCUCGGCGGCGGUACAGCUGUUAACGCUGGUGUCUUCCUCAAGCCUCCAUACUUCGACUGGGAUUUAAACUUCCCGACCGGUUGGAAGUCGGGUGAUAUGAAUUCCGUGACCGAUAAGGUCUUCGCCAGAAUCCCGUCCACCGAUAACCCGUCCUCGGACGGUGUCCGUUACCUCCAGGAACCAUAUAACCUUGUUACCAAGGCACUCUCCGCCGUUGGGUUCACCUCUGUCACAGCUAAUGACCUUCCCGACGAGAAGAACCGCACUUUUUCCCACACCCCGUUCAUGUAUUCGGGUGGUGAGCGCGGCGGUCCAUUGGCAACAUACCUGGAGACCGCUAGGGCGCGUUCAAACUUCCAUAUUGUCACCAACACCACCGUGCGCAGGGUUAUCCGCAAAGGGGGGCACGUCAAUGGUGUUGAGGUUGUCGCCACCGCCUCGGACGGCAAGACUGGUCUCUACUAUGUUACCCCAGGCACGGGGAGGGUCAUCCUUGCUGCCGGUGCCUUCGGAUCAUCAAAGAUCCUGCUCCGCAGCGGCAUUGGUCCACAAGAUCAGCUCGAGGUUGUUAGGGCGAGCGCGACUGACGGUUCCACAAUGAUCGACUCCGCUAAAUGGAUCAAGCUCCCUGUGGGCUACAACCUCCUCGACCACGCAAACACCGACGUUGUCAUAAGCCACCCUAGCGUGAAGAACUACGACUUUUACACAGCCUACAACAACCCCAUACCCGCCGACCGGGACCUCUACCUGAAUAAUAGAGCUGGCAUCCUCGCUACCGCCGCGCCUGGUCCAAAUACCAUGUUUUGGGAGUCCGUGGUCCCGUCCGACGGCCUUCCCCGCCAACUCCAAUGGACCGUGCGUGCCGAGGGUUCCCACAAUGAGACCGGGAGCACAGUGGUCACGCUGAGCCAGUACCUAGGCACGGGCACCAAGUCCCGCGGACGCAUGACCAUCUUCCCAAACUUGGACAUGGCCAUCACGGGGAACCCGUUCUUGACCGAUGCUAGCGAUACCGAAGCCGUAAUCCUGGGCGUCCAAUCAUUCCUGGAUGCUGCUUCGACAGAUGACAGCAUCACCAUCCUGCACCCUGCUCCUGGUCUCACGGCAACAGAGUACGUCAACACCUACAACGGUCCCCGGGGGACCAAUCACUGGAUCGGAACUAGCAAGAUGGGAACCGAUGAUGGAACGAAGGGCAACGGAACGACCGGGUCCGUUGUUGAUACUAAUACGAAAGUCUAUGGCACCAACAACUUGGUAACCACCCCCCGACCAAUACACAAUUACUUGCGUGCCGCGAAGCUAACUGCAGGCAAUAGUUCGUAAUCGACGCAUCAAUUUUCCCGGGGCAUAUUACGACAAACCCAACUGCGGCGAUCAUGAUUAUGGCCGAAAAGGCCGUUGAGAAUAUCCUGGCACUGCCUGCUGGUGCUGGUACUCGGGUAUUUACCCCCCCCCCCCCCGCCGCUGUAGUUAUUCGAAAGGACAUGGCUCACGAAAACAGUACUAAAAAUGCAGCGGCGCAAACCGGACCAGAGCGAAAACCUCUGCGAGUCUGUGGGUGUGUACUGACUGGCCUUGGCCCGGGCAUCCUCCAGCACUCGUAACCUUUUCUCUCCGGGGAGGACCAGAUAAUUUGUAUUCUAGCAAUGUAUAGUUUAUUUUGC